AUGAGCAGUAUUCUUAUUCCCAAAGAUUUCCAAAUACCGCCUUUAAUAGCUGUUCUAAGUUGCAUUUGGUUUACGUUAGUUUACGUUGGAUUGCUAUAUCUUUCAAAAAAGCAUAGAAUCGGUGAUGGAAAUCCGGGCUUGACAAAUAGUCAUCCUCAAGUUAUUAUACACCGCAUAAAAGCUACUACUAUAUCUUGCAUAAUAUCGUGCAGUUCCGUUUGGGCGGUCAUAUAUUAUAACAAUGGAUUUGUGAACCAUGAGUCUCCAGCUACUGAAGAAUUAGUAUUCAGAAGUUGCAUGAUUUCGCUCCUUCAUUAUGCUAGAAUUAGCUAUGUGAAGAUAAUAUUUCUCACUCCUUUAGUCUUUGCAAUAGCUCAUAUACAUCAUGCUUGGGAAAAUUAUGUCUUAUAUGGUCGAAGCAUAGAAGCGGCAAAAAGAGCAAUUUUUAGUUCAGCUUUUCAAUUUUCAUAUACUACGUUGUUCGGAUGGUAUGCAACCUUUAUAUUUAUGCGAACAGGUAAUAUUACGAUAAAUCAUAUUAUAUAUAUGUCACAAUGA